AAAAUGCUCACUGACUACAUAACAGAGACUGCAGACAGGAUUAACAGCAAAUCAGAGGCGAGGGUGAUAAACUUGGCAGCUCCAGAAAACCGACCAGAUGAGUCCUUUUUUGGUAAAUUGGACUCCAGCUUAAAAAAGAACACAGCUUUUAUAAGAAAACUGAGGAAUCUGACAGAAUCUCAAAAGAUAAGUCUUUCAAAGGAGUUGCUGGGUUUGAAUCUGACAAAGUACAUUGGAGAAGUGGCCGGUGCAAUCAUUGAUGCUAAAAUGAAGAUGUCUGACGUUCAGUGUGCUAUCCAUAUUUGUAGCCUUCUGCACCAAAGAUAUGCAGAUUUCAGCCAUUCUCUCAUUGACAUGUUCAACAAAUACUUGCUUUCUAAAAAGGAUGAAAAGAUCAGCAAUGCAAGCAAAUACAGGGUUGAUCUCAGAUUUCUAGGAGAGCUGAUUGCAUAUGGAGUCUUCACAGCUAAGGAAGGGCUACCUGUUCUAGCCAAUCAGCUGUCAAUCUUGGUGAAUUCUGACAGAGAUGAGCACAACUACCUGCCAAUCAUCAUUAGCUUCUGCAAGCACUGUGGAGAUGAUUACACUGGUAUUUUGCCCAGGAGGUUCCGGCUGUUAUCAGAAAUAUAUGGCAUGGAGAUUCCUAAAAGUCAGCUUUUACAUCCGGACAGACAGAAAGGUUGUCGGAAUUUACUGAAAGAUUACUUCAACUCUGUCGUAAAACAUGUCACCAGUUCUCAUAAGGAGCUAAAAUCUAUGGAAAGACAGAACCGCAAAAUUAUGCAGAGCAAAGGAGAAAUAUCCACAGAAAGAAAGGAGGCUUUUGAGCAAGCUUGUUCUGCCUUCCAGAAGUUGUCUUCAAGUGCUGCUGUUUUAGCUGAUUUGCUGGAUGAAGAUUUACCAGAGUUUCCACAAGAAGAACUCAAUGAUGAUGGCAGUAAUGUCUUUGACAUCUUCAACCCAAUGAAAGAUGCUGAGUUUCAGUACGAUGGAGACAAAACCUUAUUUGAAGAUGAUGAUACACGUUGCUUCUAUGAGACAUUGCCAGACCUGAGAGCCUUUAUACCUGGUAUUCUCUACAGAGAUAGUGAAAAUGUCACUUCUAAAGAUGAUCUAAAAAAUGCAGACACUGGACUGGAAGAAG